AUGGAGGGUUGUUGUCGUUGUUGCAUGCCAUGUUGUAGUCGGCUGUGGAACUGGAUAUGGCCCGAAUUCCAUUACCCAAAUAUCACCCGACCAGCCGAAAUCCCCACUAUUUCAGGUGAUAUCCGUGCUCCUUCCCCCAAGAAGAAACCGACUCAGCUCUAUGCGGCUCUGUUCGAUUUCGAAGCCCGGAGCGAGGAGGAGCUGACUAUCAAGGAAGGGGACAAGCUGUCGGUAAUAGAAAAGAGGGGGGAUUAUGUGCUUGCCAAGAAACUUACCGGUUCGAUGGAGUCCGGACUGGUCCCGGCUACUUAUGUGGCCAUUUUACAGGACGAGUUUGCUAAUCACAAGUGGUACUAUGGGAACAUUAACCGGGUGAAGGCUGAGAAACUGCUCCUGGCCUCUCAGAAUAAGGAUGGCUCGUUCCUGGUGCGCAUCAGCGAGAGCCACAGCGAUGAAUACACCAUCUCAGGCAGAAACAGUGGGAAAGUCUUCCAUUUCCGAAUCCAGCGUUCAUUGAUUGGGGCAUACUUUGUGUCGGACAAGAUUUCCUUUGCCACUCUGGAGGAGUUGAUCCGAUACUACCAGAACAACUCCAGGAGUCUAGGAGUGCCUCUGGAUGAGCCAUGUGCACAGCAGAGAGAGCUGUUUGACAUGGAGCCUUGGGAGUGUCCUCGGGAGGAGUUUAAACUGCACGUGAAGCUGGGGGAGGGACACUUUGGAGAGGUGUGGGAGGCCCUGUGGACCAGCCAGAAAAAAAGGGUGGCCAUCAAGAUGCUUAAACAAGAGGACACUAAGCUGGAUGAGUUCGUGAAGGAGAUCCAGGCCCUGAAGAACCUCCACCACCCCAAGCUCAUCCAGCUGUUGGCCCUGUGUUCCAGAGGAGAGCCUGUCUACAUAGUCACUGAGCUCAUGACCAAGGGCAGCCUCAAGUCCUAUCUGGGCACGCCGGAGGGUCAGGUGCUAACCUCUGCCCACCUCAUCUACAUGGGCAGCCAGGUUGGUGAGGGCAUGGCCUACCUGGAGGACCGACACAUUGUGCACCGGGACCUGGCGGCCAGGAACAUCCUGGUGGGAGAUGACCUGGUCUGUAAGGUGGCUGACUUUGGCCUGGCACGGAUCAUUAAGGACAGUGUGUACACGGCCAGUAGAACCACUAAGAUCCCAGUGAGAUGGACAGCCCCUGAGGCUGCUCUCUAUCAGCGCUUCUCCGUCAAGUCUGACGUCUGGUCCUUCGGUGUACUGCUCUACGAGAUGAUGUCACGAGGAAAGAUGCCAUACGACGGGAAGAGCAAUACGGAGGUGCUGGAGCUCCUGUCGACAGGCUACAGGUUGCCCUCUCCCAGUAGGUGUCCCCCCAACAUCUAUCGCAUCAUGUUGGAUUGCUGGAAUGCCGAGGCCUCCAAGCGGCCCUCCUUCCACGCCCUGCACAGCCAGCUAGACACCAUCUACACCCGCAUCUACUUCAAGACCAUUGAGGUCUAGAGCUGAAGGAGGAGGCCAAUGUGUGACUGCACUGACAUAGACACUACAAAGCAGAGGGGACUGCAAGACAUUGUCUGAAAUGGUGAUCCUUUUUUUAACAGGCUGUAGUCUAUUUUGCCGGUUCUCUUGGUGGUUUUUAAAUCAAGGUUAUGUGCAAUAUAAAGCUCUUCCUGGAGGAGGGCAGGAGAAGUGGGGCCACUGUUAAAGCACACGGAUGCCCUAUGCUACAGUAUGCCCCACUGCACACAGGCCAAAUGACCAGUCCUACAGAGAGUGCCUAUACACUGACUAUACAAAACAUUAGGAACUCCAGCUCUUUCCAUGACAUAGACUGACCAGGUGAAAGCUAUGAUCCCUGAUAUCACCUGUUUAAAGCUACUUCAAUCAGUGUAGAUAAAGGGGAGGACACAGUUUUAAGAAUGAUUUUUAAGCCUUGAGACAAUUGAGACAUGGAUUGUGUAUGUGGGAUUAAGGCAGCCCUUCGCUCCUUUCUGAUUUAGGGAGGUUGGGUUAAAUGCGGAAGACACAUUUCAUUUGAAUGCAUUCAUUUGUACAACUGACUAGGUAUCCCCCUUUCCCAAUCAGAGGUUGAAUGGGCAAGACAAAAUAUUUUAAGUGCCUUUGAACGGGAUAGGGUAGUAGGGGCCAGGCACACUGGUUUGUGUGUCAAGAACUGCAAUGCUGCUGGGUUUUUCACCCUCAACAGUUUCCUGGGUGUAUCAAGAAUGGUCCACCACCCAAAGGACAUUCAGCCAAGCUGACACAACAGUGGGAAGCAUUCCAAUGGAACGCUUUCUACACCUUGUAGUACAUGCCCUGACGAAUUGAGGCCGUUCUGAGGGGAAAAGGGGGUGCAACUCAAUAUCAGGACGAUGUUCCUAAUGUUUAGUACACUCUGUGUAUGUUUACACUACAGAGACAUGGCUCAUAGAGACUUCGCUCACACAGUACACAGUGAUGGAGGACGUGGCCAUUGAGACUGGAGAGUGAUGAGCCAUAGAGGACAUCUUCUGGAAUUUACUGCUCUACCAAUGGAAGACAACUUUUUGAACUGUCAACGCAUGAUAUUUAGAGAUGUACUAAUACAGUUUUGGAAAUAUGAGCCAUAAAUGUCAUUUAUUCUUCCUUGAUUUGAGUUUCUUCCAUAUUUGAGAAGGUGUCCUCUCGAUUAUGCCAUUGGGUAUUUAACAGAAAUGAUGAUAAUAAAAUAUUUUUGGGAUAA